AGAGAUGCGCUUUGUUUUCCGGAAGGAGCUCACUGCGGCUUUCUGCGUGUUGCAUUUAAGAAGUGUUGUGUUUGAGUUGUGCGGUGUCAUGAGCGGCUCGCUGUGUCCGGUGUCGGUCCUGCGGGUCUGUGCGGUUCUUCUUGACUCCGCGGAUCAACUCGCCGUGUUGGGACACAUCAUGUCCGUGACAAACGGAGACACAACCGCCGCGGCUGCUGCUGUCACAGCGGUCUCCGAGGCCAUCGGCAGGGUCCUGGAGCAGUACGGAGAUGAUGCGUUUCACCUGUGGGCGGUGCGCGGAGGCGGCGUGUGUGAGACAGUACAGAAGCGCCACAGGGAACUGGAGCGCUGUCUGAUGGACAGUCUGAUCUCAUCCGAUUACAUGACCAAAGUGAAGAGUGACUGGUGGUUUGCGGCCCGGCUGAUCGGCAAGCUGCUGACGGAGCUGAAGGAGGAAGGAACGUUCUACAGCCUGAUACACACCGUGGAGGAAGAGAACAGGAGGAAAGCUCAGCUGCACCAUAUAAUCAAAAGUGAAGAAGAGAAUCGUCUUAGGAUCAAAACCCUGCAGGAACAGUUACACGUCACCCGCAGAGACACAACGCUUCAGAUUCAGGAACGUGACAAAAUGGCGGCGUACCUCGAGGAUCAGCUGCAGGAGCAGAAAAUGAAGAAAAGCCUGCAGGAGAAGUACAUGAAUGACAGCACGGAGCUGUUCGUCUACCAGGGACAGAAACUGAACAGCUACAUCGAGAAGCAGCUGGAGGAUGAGAUCGAGACGCUCAAGAAGAAGCUGACGGAGGAGGAAAAGGCUCACGGAGAACUGGAAGCUUUUUUUAAGAACAGUCAGACAAGUCUGGAGGAAAAUUUGGAGUACUGGAUGGAGCGCUACGAUAGAGACACGGAGGACAAACAGCGAGAGCUGAACACCAUAAAGACCAACAUGUCCAACACCCGGGCGCAGCUCCAGGACCUGGCCAAGAAAUACAGAGAGUGCGAGCGGGUGAUCACCGAGGACAGGCAGGAGAAGGAAAAGCUGCGCAAACAGCUGGAGAAAGAACAGCUGGAGAGGAAAGCAGCUAUAAAGAUUCAGUCGUGGUGGAGAGGAACGAUGGUCAGGAAAGGUCUCGGGCCGUUUAAAAAGGGGAAGAAAUCCAAGCAGAAAAAGGACGGCAAAAAAGGGAAGAAGAAGAAGUGAUGCAGGAAAAUAAAUAAAUAAAUAAAUAAAUAAAUAAAUAAAAAUCAGACAAGUGGCAGAAAUGGGAACUUUAUUAAUUCAAUUUUACAAUAAAUCCAAAUGUUCAGAAAAUACUUUGAAUAUUUUACUAAUUUUAUAACAUUACAGUAAAAGCUUUUACGGGAAAAUUGUUGGAAGUAACGCUGUAAAAAAUAAAAUAAAGGAAGAGAAAGUCCGCGCUGUCUGAAUGACGUAUGUAGUGCAUCCUUGUUUGUGUGUGUGUGUGUGUGUGUGUGUGUGGUCAGCGGUACAUACUUGUAAACGUAUGGAAUGUAUUAAUUUACUGUACAGACACGCAGGUGAAAACCCUGCAGAAAAGGUCAACAUCAUUUCUGCUGGGGAAUAACCCUAGGUCAAAAUAAAACAACUAAUAAUAAUUAAAAAAUAAUAAUAAUAAUAAUAAUAAUAAUAAUACAAAAACAUCUAUAAUAUAUUUAUUUUUUUUAACUUCCCUCUUUAAAACAUCAGGGUCUAAAAAAAGCAAGUUAAAAAAAAUGUAAAGGUUUUAUAUGCAUAAAAUAACUCUAAUGUAUUUAAUUUUAUAUUUCUUUAUGAAGAAUUCUGGGCAAGCUUUAGUGCACUGACCUAACCGCUACGUUAUUCUCCUCUCGUAACCAGCCGAAAUCACCCUCACCGUACGCUUUCUUCUUCUCCGUUAACGUUCUCAUCAAAGCACCGAACACCACAGAUACCCAGCCAAGGUGCAAUGCUGUGUCAGCAGCCACGACGACGGCCUUCGACAAUUUUACUGUAUAUAUAAAUAUAUAAAUCCAUUUCCGCAAGGUAAAAAAAAAAGAAAA